AUGGUCAAAGCUGUAGUAAUUUCGGGGGCAGGAAAAUUGUUUUCGGAAGUGGCAUUUUUAUCAGAGGUAACUGGAGCUAUUGGUGAUGAUAUUGCGCGUAAGAUAUUGAUUGUGCGUCAAGGACUUAAGGAAUGUCAAGAAUCAAUUUCGUCAGUAGAAGCUUGUGACAAACCGGUUAUAGCUGCAAUUCAUAAUGCCUGUAUUGGUGCUGGUGUCGCUUUGAUUACAGCUUGUGAUAUUCGAUAUUGUUCUCAAGAUGCAUUUUUUAGUAUUAAGGAAGUUGAUUUAGGGGUAGCAGCCGACUUGGGAACAUUGCAACGACUACCAAAAAUUGUGGGUAAUGAUAGUCUUGUUAGAGAAUUAUGUUUCACUGGUCAAAAGUUAAUGGCAGAAGAAGCAAUUAAUUCUGGAUUAGUUAACAAAGUUUUUAAAAACAAGGAAGAAACAUUAAUGGAAGCUAUUAAAACAGCAACCAUUAUUGCAUCUAAAUCACCAAUUGCAACUCUUGGGACUAAACACCUUUUAAAUUAUUCACGAGAUCAUUCCACUCGAGAAAGUCUCGAGUACACUGCAAUAUGGAAUGGUUCAAUGCUCAAUACUAUUAAUGCUUUUAUGAAAAAAGUGAAACCAAAUUUCGCAAAAUUGUGA